CCCAUGAGCUGAAAGGCAACGGUUUGUUUCUUCUGCAGAAGGCUAAUUUAGGGCUCCCAGGAUGUCUAUGGCCGGGGUGUCCCUGGCAUCGCUCCUCUUCUCCUUUUGCUUUUUGACCCUCCGUUCCAGAGUCCUGGGUUCGAAUCCUGGGUUCGUGGGCAGGAUCACCAACAAAGGCCUGGAUUAUGCUCGCCAAGAAGGGGUUGCCGUCCUCCAACAGGAACUGGCCACGAUAAAGCUGCCCGAUUUCUCCGGCUCCUUCCAUGUCAAAGUUCUUGGAAACGUAGACUACAGUUUCUAUAGUUUGAAUAUACGCAGUUUCCAGCUUCCAAAUUCGGCCAUAACCCCAAUCCCCGGCGUGGGCCUGAAGGUCUCCAUCAGCAACGCUUUUGCAGAAUUGACAGGAGACUGGAAGGUGAAGAAGAGGUGGCUCAAGGACCAUGGCUCUUUUGACCUCAAAGUGGAAGGCCUUUCCAUCUCUGUGGGCCUGACGCUGGGCAGCGAUGCCUCCGGGAGACCCACGGCCAGCACCUUGGACUGCAGCGCCCACAUCGCGGAUGUCCAGGUGCACAUCUCUGGAAGGUUUGGUUGGCUGUACAAUCUUUUCCACCAAAACAUUGAAUCGGCAUUCAGGAAUACCAUGGAAAACAAGAUCUGCGACGAGGUGAGCAGUUCAGUCAGCUCCCAGCUGCAACCUUUUCUGCAAUCUUUGCCAGUCACAGCAGAAAUCGACAAGAUCUCUGGAAUCGAUUACUCCCUGGUCGAGCCUCCGGUUGCUACAAAUAGUUCUGUGGACCUGAAAUUGAAGGGUGAAUUCUUCUCCUUGACCCACCGCUCCCUUCCUCCUUUCCCUCCGCCGGCCUUGGAUUUCCCGCUGGAUCAUGACCGCAUGUUGUAUUUUGGCCUCUCCACCUUCUUCUUCAACACGGCUGGCAAUGUCUACUACAGGGCAGGAGCGAUGAACUUCACCAUCACCGAUGAUAUGAUUCCCAAGGAGUUCAAAAUCCACCUGAACACAUCUUCCUUUGGAGCCUUCAUUCCACAGCUGGAAAAACUGUACCCCGACAUGCUCAUGAUGCUCAAGGGUUCCCCUUCUGCUGCGCCAUCAUUGACCAUUACGCCUGAAAUUCUGUCCUUGAGCCCAGACGUUGAUGUCCAAGCCUUUGCCAUUCUCCCAAACUCGACUCUGGCUCCUCUCUUCAUCUUGCAAGUGUCGACUACUAUAUCGGCCAAAGUUGCCAUCACCUCCACCAAAAUCACUGGCUCCCUGCAACUUGGCAAAUUGCAGCUGUCCUUGAAGCACUCAGAUGUCGGACCAUUCUCGGUACAACUCAUGCAAGGCCUCAUUAACUUCUUUGCUGGCAGAAUUCUUCUUCCCCAGAUUAACGCCCGGCUGGCCGAGGGGUUCCCCCUUCCUCUCCUGGAUCACCUGCAGCUUUCCAACCCGGUCCUUCAGCCUCACAAGGACUUCCUGCUCUUUGGAGCAGACGUUCAGUACGGCUAAACGCCAAGAUGGAGAAGACAGAGAAAGGAUGCAGAAUAUUGCUUUCCACUUCGAUGUUGCUCCUUCUCUUUCGUUUUUUGGUCAAAGCUGGAAGAGUGUUCUUCCUGCCUGCUUUUUCUCUUGGAAUUUGCUACUGAGCUUCUUUUCUUGCAUGUUCUCUGAAUACAAACACAAAUCUCACAGAAGGAAAAAAAACCUGAUCAACCAAAUGCUUUUGCUUCCAAUUGACUUUGUUCUCAUUGGCAUCAGAAUUGGAGAAGAUGGAAACAGGAUUUGGACAUUAUCACGUGCAGCUUCUAGCAUGGGUUUGAAGCUCUCUAACUACGAAGGCCUUACUAUCAUAUGAUGUCACCCUCUUAAAAGAUCAAAUAACCAUA